AUGACACGGCAACUCAACAUACUGCCAAGUGGUUUAGUGUUGUGGUUAAGUUUAUCCACAGGAGGGCUCUGUUUCCAGCACCAUCACUCCAUGUAGAAAACUAGUCCAAUCGACUGUGUCUCAAGGUUUGAGAUCAAGACAUGGUUGAGUUAAAUGGCCUUCUCCACAAAUUGGACCAUACAAAAGUCAGCUAAUAGGUUUGUCCCUCUCUCCCAGUAUGUUUGAUGUAGGUGGCCAGAGAGACGAGAGGAGAAAAUGGAUCCAGUGCUUUAACGGUGAGUUAGGAGUUUACAUUAUUUUAUUUUUUUAUUGUCAUUUAGCAGGCGCUCUUAUCCAGAGUGACUUACAGUUAGUGAGUGCAUACAUUAUUUUUUUAUAUUUCAUACUGGCCCCCCGUGGGAAUCGAACCCACAACCCUGGCGUUGCAAACGCCAUGCUCUACCAACUGAGCUACAUCCCUGCCAGGUAUUCCCUCCCCUACUCUGGACGACGCUGGGCCAAUUGUGUGCCGCCCCAUGGGUCUCCCAGUCGCGGCCAGCUACGACAGAGCCUGGAUUCGAACCAGGAUCUCUAGUGGCACAGACCACUGCGCCACUCGGAUUCUGUGUACAGUUCUGCUACCCACAAUGCUGUUCUGCUGCCCGCAAUACUGUUCUGCUGCCCACAAUGUUGUUCUGCUGCCCACAGUGUUGUUCUGCUGCCCACAAUGCUGUUCUGCUGCCCACAGUGUUGUUCUGCUGCCCACAGUGUUGUUCUGCUGCCCACAGUGUUGUUCUGAUGCCCACAGGGUUGUUAUGCUGCCCACAAUGCUGUUCCGCUGCCCACAGGGUUGUUCCACUGCCCACAGUGUUGUGUAUGGUUCCGCUGCCCACAGUGUUGUUCUGCUGCCCACAGGGUUGUUCUGCUACCCACAGGGUUGUUCUGCUGCCAACAGCGUUGUUUUGCUGCCCACAGUGUUGUUCUGCGAGUGUAAUUAUGGUGGUUCUGUGAAUGACGCUCGCUUAACAAGUAACCUUUUCUGAAACCGGAAGACUCGCGUUAGCUCCCGUGAUGAUGCCUAGGCUUUAGCUUAACAGGCUAGCACAGUCUUGAGGUGGGACAGACGACUGUGUUGCGGUAGCUCCGCAUUGUAUACCAUAUCUGGAUCCACUUCCACAUUUUAUACGGAAGGAUACAUUAGCAUUACAUGUUAUAUGACGUGGUUUGCGAGACACCGCGUCUGGUCCUCAUAAUACACAGAGUACUCCAUUAGUACUGAAACAACCCAUUUCACUGUGCUCCUAUUUCUCUCAGACGUGACGGCCAUCAUCUUUGUGGCGGCAACCAGCAGUUAUAACAUGGUCAUAAGGGAAGACAACAGCACCAACAGACUCAGAGAAUCACUGGAUCUCUUCAAGAGCAUCUGGAAUAACAGGUUGGUCCACAGUCACCUCGACUGUCUCUCUCGGCCCUCUCCCAACUCAGUUUUGCGCUACUGAACAUUUCUCACCAGAUUUAGUAAUAUAUUCCAUUGGCAUUCCAUUGUGUUGUGAUUUCAAUAUAUUUUCAAUAUACUUGCAAUACAUUUGUAAACUGAAAAUGCAUUUCAAACCAGCUUUGUUUGUGUUUUCUGCAGCACAUUGCAACCCUAUAUAAAUGUGCUUCCCAUUUAGGUUUAAUCGGUCAAGGUGGUGAUAUCAGUGUUAAUCGGUCAAGGUGGUGAUAUCAGUGUUAAUCAGUCAAACAGAAGCAGAAACAUGAGAGUUGGACGGAGAGGUUUUAUUUUUAAACCAGCCCAUUCACAUUUCCACUAACUCUGACGCAGUGUGAUUGUUUAAAUGCCUGUCUAGUCACGCCAUUCUUUUCAAUCUUACUUUUCAGGUUUCUACGGACCAUUUCAGUCAUCCUGUUCUUGAACAAGCAGGACAUGCUGGCUGACAAGAUCUUAGCAGGGAAAUCCAAACUUGAAGACUACUUCCCCGAGUAUGUUCGCUAUGCAGUACCAGCUGAAGGUGGGGACUGAGAUGGAUGGAACACACCCCAUUGUUUAAAUCAUUAUUGAUUUCACUCAUAUUCAAUAUUUAUAAGCUUUUAUAAUCCUUUAUUAAUUAAAGGUUAUUAUAAAAUGAUCAUAAUAAUUAUUCAGAUUUACUAACCUAAGUUUCACACACUCCUAAGAUUCACACACAACGAAGCGUCGUUGUUUUUUCUUCCCAGUGAAGGAUCUCCAAACCGAUCCUCAAGAUGUAUACAAAGGUUAACCCAUUUUGGCAACUCACACUUUUGAAAAUGCGAAUCAAAUGGAAUCAUUUGUGCUUGCCCUGCAAUCAACCUUAUUUAGACCUCAUAGGACACUAUUACUUCUCCAUCUUCCAGGGACUCUACUGCAGUAUGUAAACAACAGCAUAAACUUACCUUUCAUCACAUCGUCAAAUGAGAAUGGUUUGGAGCACGCUAGUUAGAGAUGCUGCAUAAACAUUUGAUUGCAGGUACUGCCAUCAGGCACUGCACUGAUUACAUCCAGUCCUAAUGAUAUCCUUGUUCUGAUUAAAUGAAAUACUGUAGUCUUAAAAACCCUGGACUUGUUCCGUUUUGUCUCUUUCUGAUCAGCCGUUCCAGACCCUGGAGAGGAUCCUAAAGUGACCCGGGCCAAGUUUUUCAUCCGAGAUGAGUUCCUUGUGCGUACCGUUUUCAUUCUAUGUACUGACUGUAGAUCCCUUGUUUCCUAGUGUUGUAGACCCUUGUUUCCUAGUAUAGACCCUUGUUUCCUAGUGUUGUAGACCCUUGUUUCCUAGUAUAGACCCUUGUUUCCUAAUGUUGUAGAUCCCUUGUUUCCUAGUGUUGUAGACCCUUGUUUCCUAGUAUAGACCCUUGUUUCCUAAUGUUGUAGAUCCCUUGUUUCCUAGUGUUGUAGACCCUUGUUUCCUAGUAGAGACCCUUGUUUCCUAAUGUUGUAGAUCUCUUGUUUCCUAGUGUUGUAGACCCUUGUUUCCUACAUUUUACAUUUUAGUCAUUUAGCAGAAGCUCUUGUCCAGAGCGACUUACAGUUAGUGCAUACAUUAUUUUUUUCAUACCCCCUGUGGGAAUCGAACCCACAACCCUGGCGUUGCAAACGCCAUGCUCUAUCAACUGAGCUACAUCCCUGCCGGCCAUUCCCUCCCCUACCCUGGACGAUGCUGGGCCAAUUGUGCGCCGCCCCAUGGGUCUAGUGUUGUAGACCCUUGUUUCCUAGUAUAGACCCUUGUUUCCUAGUGUUGUAGACCCUUGUUUCCUAGUGUUGCAGACCCUUGUUUCCUAGUGUUGUAGACCCUUGUUUCCUAGUGUUGCAGACCCUUGUUUCCUAGUGUUGUAGACCCUUGUUUGCUAGUGUUGUAGACCCUUGUUUCCUAGUGUUGUAGACCCUUGUUUCCUAGUGUUGUAGACCCUUGUUUGCCAGUGUUGUAGACCCUUGUUUGCUAGUGUUGUAGACCCUUGUUUGCCAGUGUUGUAGACCGUUGUUUGCCAGUGUUGUAGACCCUUGUUUGCCAGUGUUGUAGACCCUUGUUUGCCAGUGUUGUAGACCCUUGUUUGCUAGUGUUGUAGACCCUUGUUUCCUAGUGUUGCAGACCCUUGUUUCCUAGUGUUGUAGACCCUUGUUUCCUAGUGUUAACUUAGAGGCAAGCAUUUGAGGGUUGGGUUCAUUUCCAUUUCAAUUCAGUCAAUUCAGGAAGUAAAGUGAAAUAUGGAUGUGUCUCUCCACCACCCCACAGAGGAUCAGCACGGCGAGCGGCGAGGGCAAACACUACUGCUACCCCCACUUCACCUGCGCCGUGGACACGGAGAACAUCCGCCGCGUCUUCAACGACUGCCGAGACAUCAUCCAGAGGAUGCACCUGCGCCAAUACGAACUCUUGUGAUUGGUCGCAGCCCACCACCCAGUCAGCACUCUGCUAAUCCUGGCGCUGUUUGAUUCCACUCCCAAAACACAAGGCCCUGUUACCACGGGGACCAGGAGAACUACUGAAGCAUCACAAUGCUGUCAUUUUAUUUUCUCCUUCCUUUGUUAUUUUAUUUAUGGCCCAUCUUGACUUUUAUUUUGUAGGUAUAAGCAGGGAUGGGACGUUGUGUGAUGUGCCUCAUCUUUUAUUUCCAAUACCUUUAUUCUGCUCAUUCCACUAAAGCCUUUUUGUAGUUUUUGUUUUGAACUAGUCUUGUUCUUCUUCUGUCAUUUCUGUUGUUUGAUCUGGACCAGCUGAAGUUGUUAGAGGGUGUGGAUGUGUGAGAGAGUUGAGGUAUCUGAUGGACUCCUGUGUGUGUUGGUUCCAGAGUUGGCAACAACCUCCCAACACUCCUUUGGGUGGAUGAUUGCUUCUCUAUCUCUAUGAAGGGGUGGGUGGGGCGGGCAGCAGAUGUAUCAGGUAACUUAAUGCUGUCAAGGAAGUAUACACAUGAUGUAGCACCGUGAUAUUUAUUACUCUGUCACUUUUUGUUUAUUUUGUAUCGUUUUAUUGCAGGAUGAUGGAGAGCGAGACUUUCAGGCUGUAG